CGUCUGGUACAGCAAUUCCUAGUUAACGACGGUGAGAUCCGGUCUCAGCAACUCCCAUUGACGCCCCUCCCAACCACCACAAAGCUCUUUACUAGUGAAGUAAAGUAACACAGUGGAAUGCUACUCCUAGAGAAGCUCCUUACACUGGGAAGCACCGUGGUGCAAUACUUGGGUGUUCUAGUGGUGGUGACAGCAGCUUAUGUGAAGCAGCAGCAGCAAAGCGUGAGUCAACGACGGGAACGGGUUUCAUCGCCGGCUCCCCCCACAACAUCCACUUCUUCUUCCACUUCCUCCGCCGAAAAAGUCUCCAAUGCCCCUCCCGAUCGCCUCGAUUCUCCCCCUCCGUCCUCCUACUACACAUUUCCUCUCAUAAUGGCGACCCCCGUUGACUCCUCACAACCCCCGGCUGAAAUGCAAUCCCAGCAAUCAUCAUCAUCUCCAGGCGCUGCCGCUGCUGCCGCCGGCGCCAACGCCUCCGCUAAGCCCGCUAAACCGCAGCAAUCACAGCCCGCCAAGCAACAAUCACAACAGCAACAAUCACAAUCCAAAGGAAAGGAUACUGCCGCCGCUGGUGGAGAUGGUGCCGCGCUCUCCCCCGCCGAAUUGAAGAAGAAAGCCAAAGCUGAAAAGGCCGCCCGUCGCGCUCGCGAACGCGCCGAACGUGAACAGUCCGGUGGUGCUGCUGCUGCGCCCGGUGGGGGUCAGUCAGCUGCUGGUGGUAAGAAGGGCGCAUCGGGUCCUGGUGGUGCUGGGGCUGGCGGAAAGGAUGCUUCUGGUGCUGCGACGCCUCAGAAGGGUGGUCAUCAGAAACAGUUGCCUCGCCGGGGUUCGGCGCAGGCGACCGGCCAGCUGGGGGCGGCGGAGUUGAAGAAGAAGCAGGAAGAGAAGAAUGUUUCGGUCUUUGGACAUCUGUAUGGUCAGCAGCGCAGGACUACGAUUGCUGGCGCUGGAAAGGAAGUUCAUCCGGCGGUUUUGGCGCUGGGCAUGCAGAUGAGAGAUUAUGUGGUUUGUGGUAGUAGUGCCAGAUGUGUUGCUACUUUGUUGGCUUUCAAGAGGGUUAUCGAAGCUUAUACUACCCCCUUGGGAACCUCUCUCGCCCGCCACUUGACUACCCACCUCUCGCACCAGAUUACCUACCUCUCUACAUGUCGUCCCUUGUCUAUCAGUCAGGGUAACGCUAUUCGCGCCCUUAAGCUCGCCAUCUCCUCCAUUGAUCCGUCUGUCCCCGAAGCCACCGCCAAGGCCUCGCUGUGCGAUUUCAUCGACAGUUUCAUCCGUGAGAAGAUCACCGUCGCCGACCAGGUCAUUGCCGGCAGCGCAGCACAGAAGAUUCAGGAUGGAGACGUUAUCGUGACAUUUGCGGGCAGCUCGAUCGUGAAGCAGACGCUGUUGGCAGCACACAAGGAGGGCAAGCAAUUCCGCGUUUCCAUCAUCGACUCGCGACCCCUGUUCGAGGGUAAGAACCUGGCGCGCACGCUCGCCAACGCCGGUCUGGACGUGCAAUAUUCCCUCAUGAACGGUAUCAGCCACGCCAUCAAAGACGCCACUAAAGUGUUCCUGGGCGCCCACGCCAUGACCAGCAACGGUCGCCUGUACUCGCGCGUCGGCACCGCGCUGGUCGCCAUGUCAGCCAAGGAGCGCGCCGGCGGCGUCGAGGUUCCCGUCAUCGUAUGCUGCGAGACAGUCAAAUUCACAGACCGCGUCGCGCUGGACAGUAUCGUCGUCAACGAGAUCGCGGACGCCGAUGAGCUGGUUACGGUCGAGCCGGUGCAGCAGCUGACCGGGUUGCCGGAUCCCGCAGCGCAGCCGGCCGUAGAGCCCAAGAAGGGCGGCAAGGCCAGCAGUGCGCCGGUGGAGACGAGCACGGCGGCACAGAGCAAGUCGUCGCCGCUGGAGGAUUGGAAGGAGUCGGCGAAUCUGCAGCUGUUGAAUAUCAUGUACGAUGUGACGCCGGCGGAGUAUGUGGAUAUGGUGGUGACAGAGAUGGGCAGUCUGCCGCCGAGUGCAGUACCUAUAGUGCAUCGGAUGAGUACGAACAUGUAGGUUUUUAGUUACGGUAGUUAGAUAAUGGGUUAGCAACAUGAUUUCUCUG